AGCACUUGCGUUUCCUCUAGUUUCACUCUUUCAUCGAUAAGUACAUAGCUCCAUUUUCGAAUUAACACAAGUCAAGUGCUGACCUAUGCCACUUUAUUUCUCAUUGUUCGCGAUGGACAUGUCACAACUUGAAUCUCCUUUAGCUGAAGCUGCACAAGUUGUAGAACAGAAAUACAAUAACUGCAUGAAAAUUUUCUCCACUCGCACUGCAUGGCCAUUUUGUCGCGAUUUUCAGUCGCAAGGGAAGAGGCUAACAACGACGUUUUGCUUGCACUGCAAGGAGUCCACGAACACUACUCGACAAGAUGGGAGGCGGGAAUAACAAUCGCGGCAACAACAAAGGGGGCGGCGGAGGACAGCACGGUAAAAACAGCGGCAGCAGUAGCAAAAACAACAAUCAGCGGAACAAAAAGAAGGCCGACGACCAGACGACGCGCCCGGUCGCUUUCGACAAACGCAACUCUUCUUCCGCGCUAGAAAAUGACCCUGACACUAACAGCAAGCUCCAGCCGAUCGAGUGCCCGGUGUGCUGCGACACCGCGGUGUGCGCGGCCAUCGGCGUGGAGUGCGGACACUGGGCGUGCUUCAAGUGCCAACUGCGGAUCCGCGAUCUGGCGCAGUCAAAGGAGACAAAACGGAAGUGCCCGAUGUGCAAGACCACGAACAACAAACUGGUUUUCACCCAGCGCCCGGACUACUUCUUGCAAAACAUCAAGAACGACAACACGAACCGCUUCUACACGGAGGUGUGCCACAUCAAAUUUGACGAGUGGGGGCACGGUUUCGACAAGGAGAACAAAGCCUUGAUGCAAAGAGCCGUGGAGGAUUUGUAUUUGUACAAAUGUUGGACCUGCGCGCCCCCACAGCCGGCUUUUCAGACCCUCUGGGACCUGACCAAGCACAUGGAAAAGCAGCACAGUCGCUACUUUUGCCGAACCUGCUUGGAUGGUCGGGAGAUUUUUCUGGAGGAGCAGAUGUGCUACGCAACGAAAGACGAGUUGGAUUUGCACCACCGCGUCGGCGAUUCCGGGCUUGUCCCGAUCAAACCGCACGCGGACUGUCAGUUCUGCAAGAAGUCGUUUUUCACGCACCAGGAGCUGUACCAGCAUAUGAUUGUGGAGCACAUCACAUGUUUUUUGUGCUUCGAAGCGCACCGGGAGAACCGGUUUUUCAAGGACAUGACCUGCUUAUUCAACCACUUUCUCGCGGAGCACCACGUCUGCCGCUACGAACGGUGCAUGCGGGAAGGGAUAUUUUCCCAGGAGACCGUGUUCGCGCACGAGGCACAGCUGGCGCAGCACCGCAUCGCGGUGCACAAGAACCACAACGGACCAACGAAGGAGGAAUGCUACCGGCCGAAGCUGGAUAUCACGGUAAUUUUGUUAGAUCUUUAUUGCCGGCAUGAUAGUCUUAGUUCUUCCUAGAGAAUCAGAACUUGUGUAAAGACUUCUACUACAUCAACAAAGCGCCUGAUCGUCAUAAAAUUCUACACGAUCAUAUGAAUCGAAAAACAGGUUACCUCCACGCUGAACGGCUUGUCACACGCCCAAAUCAACGAUAAGGAGACGAUGGCGGCCAUGCCGCAGCAAGACAAGCCCAUCUACUUCACACACAUUCACAACCCCGAGCGACCUCCGAAAGAAGUGAUUCUCCCGCCGUUGCCCAAGAAGGAGGUCGUCGACCGAUAUCCGGAUCUCGGCUAUGGAAUGAGUUGGAAGGACUUUGAUGCCGCAAAGCACCGGAAAAAAGCACAGGAAAGGAAGAAGAAGACUGCAACUACCGGAGGGGGCGUGCAUCAAAACGGAGCUCCAGGGUCUCCGGAGCAGCACGUCUACGAUCCAAAUGCGCCUGAAGAUGGCAAGGAACAAGAAGGAAAUGUCAAGAACGGCGCGAGCACGCCCGAACAGCACCCCGUUGAUAGCGGCGACGCCGGCAGCCCAGCAGAGGACAGCGAAGACGACCAGCGGACCUUCUUGCGCGCCAACGAGUACGAGGCAGAGCAGCAACAGAAAAUGGUAAAAGCGCUGCCCGCGGAUUUGCUCGACCUUCCUCCCUCCGUCCGGAUGGACACGCAACUCCAGAAAAGCAGCUUCUUGCACGCAAUUGAUGCCGUUCUGGAGUGCAGCGUGGGAAGCGUUACGAAGUGCAAAGUGGAAUUGAUGAAAGAGUCCGUGAAGCAGCAAGCCGACGGCGGUGCGGCCGGACGGGUGGACAUUCCCGGCAUGAAAAAACACAUUGCGAUGCUCAGCCCGCUGGCGUUGGACUCGUUGUCCGAGAUGCGCGCGUUUCUGCUGCAGACUUGGGAUUCGAGGUUCAACACCGAGUUGAUCACGGGGCUCCGGCCGUUAUUCUUCCGCACUCUGAGAAAUGAAGACCACAAGGGCACGCCCGCGCAUUGGUUGACCUGGAAGUACCAGGCGCACAACGCUCUGGGGAAGCUGCGGGCCAUAUCAAAAGGAAAAAUCCCCCCUUCCCAUAUCGAAAACGGAAUUUGUGUUGCUGUAUUUGAGUACACAAAUCACAUUUGUGUUGCAGUAAAGGACUGCACGCAGAUCGUAAGCCUAAGGGGGGCCCUUGCUUUGGUGUAGGGCCUAGCAUGGCAGACGUCUGCCCUAUAGGCCUUCCAGCAUUACAAAUCGCCUGCAUAUCGUGGCAGACUCUCUGAGUUUGCCCUCUUGCAAGAGAGACAGGAUUUGUGGUCGCAAAUCAGCAUCACAAAUUUUUAGAAACAUGCCUUUUCAGUAUGGGGAGGGGGGAUUUUUCCUUACGAUAGGCCAACGAGCGGGAAUUGAUCCGCUUGUACGUGGGGUUCUGCCUGGAGCGGAACGUUACCAGCUACGCCGGCCUCGACCGCGCGAAGGAGUAUUUGUUUUGAGAUGUUUAAGAGCUGUAUUUAGUUUUUCAGUCUGUCGCGCACAAGGCUUCUUCCUACGUUUGUGAUGACGAGUGUGACGUCGACGUCAAUGAAUGUGUUUUCGAAAUCAAACUUGCAUCGCUCUCUUCAAACCCAACACAGGUAUCCCUCCCUCGAGCAGUCCGCGGUGUCUGCUGCGGCCAAGGACGCGGACGCGUUCAACCCAGAGCUUGCUUUCCGCCCGGAGCGACGGGGGGUCGCGGGCACACAGUGGCAGGGCCGCAACGGCGGGUUUAACGCCAUGGGCUCGCAGGAUUUUCCGGCGCUGGCGGAGACAAGGACGGUCGAUGAGGACGGAACGCCGCUGCUAGAAUUGACCAUGGCGGAGAAACUGAAACUGCAGGAGCAGAAGGAAAAGAUGAAGAAAACCGCCAAGGCACCGUCCACGGCGAGCAAACUCGGGGGAAAGAAACCCCAGCUGGACAACGAGGCGGAGUUCCCUUCCUUCCCGAUCGGUCUGCAGCCGCUCGGCGGGGGUGGGCCGCCGCCCGUGAAGAAGCCGGUCACCAAAAGUUCGGUGUUCGGUGCCGCGAGUCUGUCCGCGGGCGGCGCGUCUUCGUCCGCGGCGUCGUCCUCGUCCACGCCCAACAACGCGGUCGCCGCGAAGAAGAAAGCGAAGGUCGGACAGCCGAGCGCGGCAAAGGACAUCACGUUGAAUUCGAAUCCGAACGCGCCCGCGCCACCCCCGAUCGGACAACAGCAGCAAUCUUCCAGUUCCUCCAGCUCGUCCCGGCCGCGCGACGCAAGCACGGGGUCGAGCUCGCUGUUGAAGGGAAUCCAAGAAAAGCAGGAACUACUAAAAACCGCCUACGGCCCCACCAAGAUAAAAGACGAGGCCGCGGAGCGCGGUCAGGUGGCGAAGAAGCUGGGGAAUGCGGAAAAUUUUCCCGCGCUUCCCAGCAGCAGCGUGCACCAGCCGGCCGGAAAAAGUCGGGAUACCGGGGGCCUCUUGAAGGGGGCAAACAUCAUCUCGAAAAAGACCGGAACCGUGGUGCCGGUGCAGCAGGGUUCAAAGACGGCGCAGCUGCAGAAAAAGAAGGACCUGUUCGAUGACGACGACGACUUCGCAGACGUGAGCUUUGCACAGGUAUAGAGGGUUUUUGAUAUGGUCUGAAGUAAAUUUGUGUAGUUUGUUCGAAAGUAAGGAAUUCAGUUAAGUACUGUGUUCGUCCUUUUUUCCACCGAACAAGUACUGGUUGUUUAUCGCAGCGCAUCAUAUAAUCCAACAGGCUUUGGUGACUCAGUCUGGUUCUGCGGACGCCGAACCCGGGUCGCCUAGCUGGAAUAGCAAGAGGCCUGUAACUACAGCAAGCAAAGUUCCUGACGCGUGGGACGACGACGAGUUGUUUCCCACACUAAACGAGAAACAAGCCCCGCCCCCCGCGGGGGACGUUUCCCCAUCGAAGCCCCUAGUCGGAAAAGCGAAGCAACUCGAGGAACAGCGACUGCGGCAGGAGGCGCGCGACGCCAGGCUCGCUAAGCAACUGCAAGAUGCCGAGAACAAUUCGGCGGGAAAAACGGAGCAAGCACCGCCGAAGGCACGAGGGAGACAGAAAAAAACGCUGAUCGCGUGGGGAUAAAGGAAGUGCUAGCUUUUUGCCUGUGGAGCUGUAUCAUCUACGCAGAUUCAUCUCAUAUAGAAGCUGCGUAGUACGGAAUUUCCACUUCGCAAGUUGGAGCUCUCAAUCCCGGUUGUCUGUGAACUGCGCAUCGGAAUUCGCUUUUUGGGAGAUAAUUUCCUAGUUUCUCCUUCUCUUUUCACUGGUACGGGUACGUACUCGAGUUUUUCAAGCGACAAGUAUUUUAGUUUGUUAGCGACCGCAUACAAUCGGACAACGACAAGCGACAAUUGCGAACG